UGAACAUAGAAUACUAUUUAAGGCACCUCUUUCGUUUGUGUGGCUGUGGGGAUGAUUCGUUCUACGGCUGUCAACUUUAUAAAAAGUUGCCAUAAAACUGUCCCAUAUAUUUAUUUUAAACCAUGUGCAAACCAUUCUACUAAUCCAGAAUAUGCAAAUGCAACCGAGCCUUACGAAGUAUUCAGAUCCCGUUUCGUGAAUGCAUUUGAUGAUCCAAAAAUUGACGGUUGGGGGGCUAGGUCAUGGAUGCAAAAACUUCAUCUAGAAGACGCCGUUCCUCCCCCAGAAGUGGUGAUUAGUGGCCUUAAGGCUUGUAGACGCAUCAACGACAUCGCUCUGGCUAUAAGGUUUAUUGAAUCUGUGAAGUUCAAGUGCCACGUUGCCAAAGGUGCUUGGGAGUGGCUUCAAAAAGAGAUUGAACCCACCAUGAAACAACUCGGUUUGCCAACUUUAGGACAACUUGGAUAUGACGAACCUGAGUUGGCUCUAAUUGACUAUGACGAUUAAUAGCGUUGUAUAAUCCAGAGAAAAAUACAUAGAGUUGUUUUGUUGGAACUAUUAUCCCUUUAUCACACAUGAUAGCUGAUGUGGUUCUGACCUGUUACUAAAUGCAAUAUGACCAUUUCUAACAUUUCAGUCAAUGGGUAGUAAAUAGUGAGUUUUAGCUCCUACCGAACAAAUACACUCCUGCUCGCAAGUACUUGUUUUGUCAGCUGAAUAUUUUAUUUUUAAUCAUCUCACGUACCCCUCUCAUAAGCUCUUGUGAUCUGAAAGAGUAAUACGGCAGCAGAUCAAAUGACAGUGUUGAUGAAAGUAUAUCUUCAAUAAGAAAAUUUUCAUGGGUUUUUAAUUACCAGUUACUCGAAAAUCUUAUAAGCAGUAACAGCUUGUCACCAG